AUGGAUUCCUCGAUUAUCCACAAAACAGCUGCAGGGUUGAAGUCCCCAGAGGACCCUGUGCUUCAGCUAGAUAGAAACGAGACGUGCCAGUUUCCAUUUCCUGAAUACCUUAGGUUGUGUUCAUCAUGUUUCAAUAACUCUGAUGCCUGUCUUCCUUGCUUUCCUUCCUUCCUCCCUCCCUCCCUCUUUCCCCCAUACCCCCUGCAGGAGGUCUCCUCUGAUGCUGCUGGAGCGCUGACUGCUGUUGAAGAAAGAAAGGAAAAGGUUCCAACCCCCCAUCUCAGCCACCUUGUCGUCUUGACAUCAGGCAGCACUUUAUAUGGCUUGGCAGAGAGAGUGGUCGCCACAGAAUCCUUAGUGUUUUUAGCUGAGCAGUUUGAGUUCCUCCAGUCUCAUCUUGAUGCUGUAAUGCCUCCAGCCAAGAAACCUUUUCUUCAGCAGUUCUAUUCGCAGACGGUUUCAACAGCCAGUGAACUCCGUAAGCCUAUAUACUGGAUUGUAGCUGCUAAAGCAAUUGAUUACGAACAGAUGCUGCUGCUAAUGGCAAAUGUGAAAUGGGAUGUGAAAGAAAUCAUGUCACAACACAACAUUUAUGUAGAUUCUCUUUUAAAGGAAUUUGAACAGUUUAACAGACAGCUGAAUGAGGUUUCUAAGAGAGUUCGUAUUCCAUUGCCAGUGUCAAAUAUUCUUUGGGAGCAUUGUAUACGACUAGCUAACAGAACUAUUGUAGAAGGUUACGCAAAUGUCAAAAAGUGUAGCAACGAGGGGCGUGCCUUGAUGCAACUGGACUUUCAGCAAUUUUUAAUGAAGCUGGAGAAACUCACGGAUAUUAGACCUAUUCCGGAUAAGGAAUUUGUUGAAACCUACAUCAAGGCUUAUUAUUUGACUGAAAAUGACAUGGAACGCUGGAUCAAGGAGCACCGGGAGUAUUCUGCCAAGCAGUUGACUAAUCUGGUGAAUGUUUGUCUGGGGACCCACAUCAACAAAAAAGCACGACAAAAACUGUUAGCAGCUAUUGACGACAUUGAUAGGCCUAAAAGAUAAUAGGAGAGAGCUUGCAGGGUUUUUGUUUUGUUUUUUUAACCAAUGAAGAGAACGAGGGUAUCUCUAACGGACUACUGAUGGAGUUUGGUUAAAUGGGGAAAAUGUGUGCCGUAUUCCUAUUGACUUUGAAGGCACUUUGAAUCAGUGCGGUGGGCUUUUCAAAUGCAAUUUUUAUACUGUCUUUUCUGUUUCUUCUGUUGUCAGGAAGGCACCGUUGUACCAUUUUGGCUGUAUAUUUUCCUUAAUUGUGUACUAUAUGGCUAAUCAAAAUUAGAAGGAAACAAGCUGAGAUAUUAAUAUAUUUAGUUGGUGGUUUUUUGUGGGGUUUUUUUUUUGUCUUUUUGUAAAAGGGCUGCUAAUUCAGUAGUUCACCCUUCUUUGCUCAGAAGGCGGUUAUGAACCCAUAUAAAGAGAACUUUGUUCAGAGUCUUCAGAUUAUGAAUUGUGCAUGUCCUUUAAGAGUGUGCAUCAGCAAAAUAUUACUGUAAUGUUUAAGCUCAUUGCCUUUUUAUUUCCUUGCAAAUGUAAGUUCAUUUCAGAAUGAAAUCUGUCUUGUCAAAGGAAUUGACCACAAAUUAUGGGAAAGUAAUAAAUAUUGUACACUAAUG